AUGUUUGGCUGCAUAGUUGCAGGAAGGCUGGUACAAACAAACCUACAGCAGGUGGAUGCAAACAAGUACGUCUUUGAGUUAUCGGACGCCCAGUCAAUCAACCACAUUGUUGUAUUUUUGCUUGGCACCAUUCCAUUUGAACAAGGAUACGGUGCAACGGUGCAUCUUUUAUGGCCAAACAAGGAAUGGCAAUUAUUAGGAGCCUUAUAUAAUGAAAAGCCAAGUGCUAUCUUUCGACUUCGACAAAGCAACAACAAGAACAAUAAUACGAUACCCAUGCCAUCGACAACUGCCACACUCGGCAUCUCGAUCGAUCCUAUCCCCGCAGUACAGCAACAAGUCGAAGCACUAAAAGGUGACAUGGCCAUGGACACGGGCUCCGAUUCCAUGGCAAUCGUUAAGCCGCCUGUCAACAUGAGCCAAGCUGGUUACCUUGCCGCCAAAAUUCUUGAAAACUUGUACAACUACGUCAAUUCAUUUGUUCAGCCUAAUCUUCCCCUUAAUGCAAUCUCGUUGGGUAAUCUCACCGACAAUGGUUAUUUACCUGUCAAGGCAUUCCAAACAUGGUACGAUAAUCUUAGCCGGAAAUUAAGUAACGACCCAAAUUAUUUGUCCUCCGAUAAAAGUGCAUAA